AGGAGUGCACGAGGGGACAGCUCGAGACGGGCGUGCGUGAUGACGCAAGCACGUACGUUAAAAGGGCGGCCGUUAGGCGCGAGCGCCCCCACUUUCCGGGGCGCGGCGAAAGGAGGCGGUCCUCUCGCUCUCUCCUUCUUCUUCUUCCGCAGCUCCGGGGCGGGGCCGGGCCAGGCUGAGCGAGGCGAGGCGAAGGGGGCGAUGCCGACUCAGCGCGAGAGCCAGAGCAGCAGCACCGGCAGCAUGUCUCACCCGGGGCUCGGAGGCGGAGGAGGAGGCGGAGGAGGGGGAAGCGGAGGCCUGGGCCUGAGCGGGGACGGCGCCCACCAGGUCCGCGUCAAGGCUUACUACAAAGGGGAUAUUAUGAUAACCUAUUUUGAACCUUCCAUCUCCUUUGAGGGACUGUGUAAUGAAGUUCGAGAUAUGUGCGCCUUUGAUAACGAGCAGCUCUUCACCAUGAAAUGGAUAGAUGAAGAAGGGGAUCCGUGUACUGUUUCUUCUCAGCUGGAAUUGGAAGAGGCCUUUCGUUUAUAUGAACUAAAUAAGGAUUCCGAACUUCUAAUACAUGUGUUUCCUUGUGUACCUGAGAGGCCUGGAAUGCCCUGUCCUGGGGAAGACAAGUCUAUAUAUCGUCGGGGUGCGCGACGGUGGCGAAAGCUCUAUUGUGCAAAUGGUCAUACUUUUCAAGCCAAGAGAUUUAACAGAAGAGCUCACUGUGCCAUUUGUACUGACCGAAUAUGGGGAUUAGGACGUCAAGGAUAUAAAUGUAUCAACUGUAAACUUCUGGUUCACAAGAAGUGCCACAAACUUGUCAGCAGAGAAUGUGGCCGACAUGCACUACCACCAGAGUCUAUGGAUCAUUCAUCAGUACAUCCUGAUAACAUAGAACCAGUGAUUCCAUAUCAUCCUUCCAGUCAUGAAAGCUUAGAUCAUGUUGGUGAAGAAAAAGAGGCAACAAGUAUUAGAGAAAGUGGCAAAGUAUCUUCCAGUCUCGGUCUCCAAGAUUUUGAUCUACUUCGAGUUAUAGGGAGAGGAAGUUAUGCAAAAGUACUUUUGGUUCGUUUAAAGAAGACAGAGCGCAUAUAUGCAAUGAAAGUUGUGAAAAAAGAACUAGUCAAUGAUGAUGAGGAUAUUGAUUGGGUUCAGACAGAAAAACAUGUUUUUGAACAGGCGUCUAAUCAUCCCUUCCUUGUUGGUCUUCACUCCUGUUUCCAGACCGAAAGCAGGUUAUUUUUUGUCAUUGAAUAUGUAAAUGGAGGGGAUCUCAUGUUUCAUAUGCAGCGCCAAAGAAAAUUGCCAGAAGAACACUCUAGGUUUUAUUCUGCAGAAAUCAGUUUAGCACUAAAUUAUCUUCAUGAACGAGGAAUAAUUUAUAGGGACCUGAAGCUGGACAAUGUGCUCCUGGAUUCUGAGGGACAUAUCAAACUGACUGACUAUGGCAUGUGUAAGGAAGGACUAAGGCCUGGAGACACAACCAGCACUUUCUGUGGCACUCCCAACUACAUUGCUCCAGAGAUCUUACGUGGAGAAGAUUAUGGGUUUAGUGUGGACUGGUGGGCUUUGGGUGUGCUGAUGUUUGAAAUGAUGGCAGGAAGAUCACCUUUUGAUAUUGUUGGAAGUUCCGAUAAUCCUGAUCAAAACACAGAAGACUAUCUUUUCCAAGUUAUUCUGGAGAAGCAAAUCCGUAUCCCACGAUCCCUUUCUGUGAAGGCAGCAAGUGUUCUAAAAAGUUUUCUCAAUAAGGAUCCAAAAGAACGUUUAGGGUGCCAUCCGCAAACAGGAUUUGCGGACAUUCAGGGACAUCCAUUUUUCCGUAAUGUUGAUUGGGAUCUGAUGGAACAAAAACAAGUGGUUCCUCCAUUUAAACCAAACAUAUCUGGAGAAUUUGGUCUGGACAACUUUGACUCCCAGUUCACCAAUGAACCUGUUCAACUCACUCCUGAUGAUGAUGAUAUUGUGAAGAAGAUCGAUCAGUCUGAAUUUGAAGGAUUUGAAUACAUCAAUCCCCUUCUGAUGUCUGCUGAGGAGUGUGUCUGAUCUCUCACAUCUGAACUGUGCCACUUGUUACUGAUGUUUUUUUAAUGGAUAAACAGUUUGCUGUUGGGAUGCAUUUUUAAAUACAUAUGUGCUUUCAUUAUUUGCCAUCUAUAUAAAAUACUAAUCUGCUAUACGAUGGAUGCAUUUCAGGAAAUAUAAGAAAAUCCAAAACAUUAAACCAAUCUUGCCAAAAUUAGAAUAGAACACUGAGGCAACUAUUUAUUGGAUGCCUAAUGCUUUUGUCAACUAGUUUUGCUUGAAAUUCAGUGCAGCUAUAUUGUCUUUUGAAAGGACAAUGGGCCUUCUGGAUCCUUGAGCUUCCAAUCCACAAUUUCCACUGAGCACAUAUUGUCACGCCCCCAUCUUAUUAAAUGGUGGAAACAUGGAUGUGGAAACACUGAAGCCCAGUGUGUUCAUGUUGGUGCCAUUUAAUAGCCUGGGCUAUGAUCAUCCACUUUUUUUUUGUAUCCACUCGGGGUCCCAGACCCAAACCCUCGUUGAUACGGCAGGCCCACUGUAUUCCUGAUAGACUUUGGUGCGUUAAGUGAAGUUCAGCAAGCCAUACAUAAGCCCUAGUUUACAAUUAAAGGCAUAAAACAAGAUUUAGGAUUGAAUCACUGGGUCAUGCAUGUCUUUCUUCCUCCUCGUUUUUGUUUCCUUACAUAUGAUUGUCACCAGCACAGUUGAAAAAAUGAUCUCAAAUUCUCAGGCCAGAUCUGAGUGUGAACCUGAAAUAAUGACACUAAUGUUAUGUUGAAACCAAUUGAAAGGUGACAGAGGAAGUGUGUGCAAGCCUGUGAUACCCUCCUAGUCUAAAAAUCUUGGUUAAGCAUUUGAUGUGGACUGGACUUAAAUUGUGAUCCUCCACAUUACAAUAUUUAGGUAUCAAUCCUUUGCAUACUUGGAAGUGAGUCUCAUUGAAUUUAGUGAUACUUCUGAAUAAACAUGCAUAGGAUUAUGCUUGCAAUUUCUGAAUUUCACCUUCAAGCCUGCUUUUAUGGAUCUCUUCAGGAUAAUAGCUGGGUCUUUGUUAUGUCCUAUGACUUGAUGAAAGUAGUACAGCGUUUGCUUUAACCUUGAUAGAGGCAAGGACAGCAGAGGGUUUCUUGGAAAUGGGGAUCAUUGUUAUUUUUUAAAAAGAUUUUGCUAUCAAGCACUGUAUAGAAGACCUAACUUCAAACGUUCCAUUGUUAACACAUUGUUCACAUCCUUACUAUGUAAAUUGAGUGCCUUCCUGAGCAGAAGGGGGAAGUAUAGUUUGAGGUAUAGUGACAUGUUAAAUUAAAUACCUGGUGAGGGGAUAAACUUAUAUUUAGCACAAAUAGGCAGCUAAUGUUCACACACAAGACCUCAUGCCAUCUUUUUUUUAUACCGUAUCUUCUGUUGAGGUGGAUGAGAAAUUAUUUCUACAAUAAAUUUUAAAGGCUAGUAGUCUCAUACUGCAGGUCUAAAAUUGGACAGUAUUACACUGCAAAAGCAUCUUUAGUAAUGUGGCUGGAGAUGCGUGGCUACCACUUGAGAUUGUGUGAUGGUCCUAGACAUUCAGCUGUAAGAUGAAUGCGAAGAUUUUCAUCCAUUUACUAUAGGGCAGAAAUGAAUAAAAACAUCAACUGAAGAUGCACAUUUUAAAUGUUCGCAUAAGAUGUAACAUUUUUUAUUUCUUUUGAAAAAGAACUGCUGGUUGGAGAUACCAAAUGUGUAUUUUGCUUGUUUCUUCAAAGUGUUCUGCACAGUGUAGAAAAGAUUGGUACAAAACUUUUUGUCCAAAACAAAGCACAUCAGAGCUACCCUUCUAUGAUGUGAAUGUCUGCUGUGGAGAAUUUUAUGGUACUCUUGUAUAUUAUGACAAAAAAAGUUUAUUGGAAUAGUAUGAAUCUUCUUCGUUGUAUUGUUUCCAAAAUAAGGACAUGUUGAAGAGGGGAAAUUAAUCUACCUUUUUUUAUUUGCCUUUGUACUUGACCAAUCUCCAUGUCAGUUAUGAUGUACAUUUGAAACACUAACUCUCCUGCUGUUACUAACUGAUUAGUAAUCUUUGAGUUCAUAUUCUUCAAAGAUGGACAAAGAUAUUGAAGUGAAAUAACUUAAAUGCUUAUCCUCGGCCCUUUAGACUGCUUUUCUAAAGUGAAAUGAGACUCCAAACAGUGGUUUCAUUUCCCUAAUAUGCAUGGUACAAAACAGCAUUGUUAGAGGUACAUUUUCUAAAUCUCACAGCUGUAAGUGAAUGGCAUUCUGAAUUUAAGAUUUCCCUUCUUCCAAGCACAAAAACAAUGAAUGUACAGAUAUUACAAUUAUGUUCCUGGUCCCUGCCCUGUAUAUGUGUGUUAUAUAUAUUUCAUGUGGUGGUGUCACCUUUAACAUAGAUUUCAGUGAGAAAUUUAAAGCAGAUGGCAAAUUUUUGUGUUCUUUUCCAUAUUUGUUUCAGAGAAGUGCCAUAUAAUUCAUUUUAGAACAUUUUGUUAAAUGUGUAAAGGCUGUUUUAAAAUAUGGAACAGAGAAUUCCGACAUGGAUAGCUAAAACAGCAUGAUGAGAAAUAUUUUUUUUCAUAUAAAUAAUGGACUAAUGGGUACUGUUAUCUGUAUCUUGUAAGGUGUGUUUCCUUCAUUUUGCAGUCUUGAGUAUUAAAUUGUAUCGUCAUCUCUUGUAUUGCUAAACACUUUUUAAACUGUCCAUUUUACGUUUUAAAAUAAAACAGGGCUUUUUGUUUAAA